CUUUCUAAAAAGAGCUUUUUGAGAGUAAACAAGUUGAGUGUCUCGUUUAUGAAUAUGUCUGAGUAUGCACUUGGAGUAUUAAAAACACCUAUUCUUAUAUUGAGAUUACUUCAUUUGCUAUCAGAUUCUUAAAAAAUGUUAAAAAUGAAAGAUAUAAGUAGUGGAAUGGUGAUCCCAAGAAGAAUUGUUCUAUUUCUGGUAUUCAUUUGCUUCCUUUUUUGGAGUAGUACAGCACUCACAAAUGACCAAGAUUUUGCUGCUUUAAAGGCUCUCACAGAUGGGUGGGCAAACAUACCAGAGAAGUGGAAAGGAGAAGACCCUUGUGGCGACGAAUGGGAAGGAAUUACUUGCAACAAUUCUCGAGUAGUUACCAUAUCAUUAUCAAGUAUGGGUUUGACAGGUCAGCUGACGGGAGACCUCGCAACAUUGUCUGAACUUCAGAUCCUAGAUCUUUCGUACAAUAAAGGGCUUACGGGUUCUAUUCCAUCAAAUAUCGGAGAUCUGUCCGAGCUUACAACCUUAAUUCUACUUGGUUGCGGCUUUUCUGGUCGAAUCCCUGAUACAGUCGGAUCACUCAAGAAGCUCGUGUAUUUAUCACUGAAUUCAAACAGCUUCACCGGAGAAAUUCCAGCUUCUAUUGGUAAGUUGGAACAUCUGUAUUGGCUGGAUCUAUCGGACAAUAAGCUCAGUGGAAGUAUCCCUGUUUCUGAUGGAACCAAACCCGGACUUGAUAUGCUACUUCGUACAAAGCACUUUCACUUCGGAAUAAAUCAGCUCUCCGGAGAAAUCCCACCGAGUCUUUUUAGUUCUGAAAUGCUUCUAAUCCAUGUGCUUUUUGAUAACAAUAACCUCACAGGAAGAAUUCCUCCAACAUUAGGUCUUGUCCAAACCUUGCAAGCAGUUCGUUUCGACAGGAAUGAAUUGAGUGGGCCUGUUCCAUCAAAUUUGAACAACCUUACUAGCGUUAGCGAGUUGGCUCUGUCCAACAAUGCACUAACUGGUCCCCUGCCCAAUCUUACGGGAAUGAAUAACCUUAUGUCUGUAGAUUUGAGCAACAACAGUUUUGCUGCUACAAGGUUUCCUGCAUGGUUCACAACAUUGCGGUCCCUGAAAACGGUAAUUAUGGAACGGACAGGACUGGUAGGACAGCUUCCUGCUGAAUUUUUCAACAUCGAUAGCUUACAGACUGUAAAGUUGAAGAACAAUCAGCUUAACGGGAGUUUAGAUAUUAGAGGCCGGUAUACCCGUCAAUUGGAGCUCAUUGAUUUGGAGAAUAAUUCCAUUGAUAAUGUCGAUGUGGUGCUUGGAAACAAUUUCACAUUGAUGUUAACAGAUAACCCGUAUUGUCAAAGAGGUUUAGUAAAAUCACCGUACUGCAGUAGCAAGCUGCAGGAAACAUCAUACAGCACACCAGUGUUUUGUGUGACUUAUAAAUGUGCCGAUGAUCAAAUGUCGAGCUCUAACUGCAAAUGUGCAUAUCCAUACACUGGCACUUUAAUUCUCCGAGCCCCUUCCUUUUCAGCCUUUGGAAAUGACGCAUACUUCAACGAGCUUCAGAAAUCUCUUCUGGGAAGUUUUGUGAACUUUUCACUUCCUGUGGAUGCCGUCUCUCUAAGUGAUGUAUCUUUGGAUACUUUUGGUUACGUUUCUAUGCAUUUAGCAUUCUUUCCUGCCGGGCAAAAUUAUUUUAACAGAACUGCAGUGCUCAAACUUGGGUUUGUUUUCAGCAAUCAGAGUUACGAGCCACCAAAAAUAUUCAAACCCUAUGUUUUUCAUGCAGAUAUCUACACUCAUUUUGAAGUUUCAGAAUCAGAUCUCUGUAUCACAGGUAACAAAAGUUCAACGCACACGAUUGCAAUAAUUGGUGCUGUGAUAGGAGUUGUGAUUCUACUAUUGCUAUUAGUAUGUGCUGGAUUUUACGCACAUUAUCAGAAGAAGCGAGCAAAUAAAGCGAAGCAACAGGCUAAUCCAUUUGUAUCCUGGGACUCGCACGGAACUAGUGGCGAUGUUCCUAAGUUGAAAGGAUCUCGGUUUUUCACAUUUGUAGAAUUGCAAAAAUGCACUAACAGUUUUUCUGAAGCUAACCAUAUUGGUUCCGGGGGUUAUGGCAAGGUUUACAGAGGAGUACUUACAGACGGACAAAUUGUGGCUAUUAAAAGAUCUCAGCAAGGAUCCAUGCAAGGUAGUCGAGAGUUCAAAAAUGAGAUAGAGCUCUUGUCGAGGGUCCACCAUAAGAAUCUUGUGAAACUCAUUGGAUUCUGCUUCGAUCAUGGUGAGCAGAUGCUGAUCUAUGAAUUUAUUCCAAAUGGUACUCUUCUAGAUAGUCUUUCAGGGAGGUCGGGGAUUCAAUUAGAUUGGAUAAGACGACUUAAAGUAGCCCUAGGCUCAGCUCGGGGACUACAGUAUCUACAUGAGCUUGCUGAUCCACCAAUUAUACACCGGGAUAUUAAGUCUACUAACAUCUUGCUUGACGAGCAUCUAAAUGCAAAAGUUGCGGACUUUGGGCUUUCCAGGCUCUAUGGUGAUGCUGACAAGGGAUAUGUUACUACUCAAGUCAAAGGAACAAUGGGAUACCUUGAUCCUGAAUAUUUCCAGACAAAUCAGUUAACCGAGAAAAGUGAUAUUUUUAGUUUCGGUGUGGUUUUACUCGAAAUGAUAACCGCUAGCAAACCAAUUCAACAAGGACAAUUCAUAGUAAAACAGAUCAAAGAAACAGUAGACAAGUCCAAGGAAUUAUAUAACUUGUGUAAUAUAAUUGAUCCGUUGCUUCGUUCAUCAACAAUCGCCCUAGUUGGUUUCGACAGGUUUAUGGAUUUGGCUUUGAAAUGUGUAGAAGAAUUCGGAGUUGAUAGGCCAGCAACAGGAGAAGUUGUGAAAGAACUGGAAAACAUAAUGCAGAUGGCAGGAAUGAACCCGGAUGCUGAUUCUACAACAACUUCUCAAAGUUACGAAGGAUCGAGUACCGGACAAAGUUUUAACCAUCCUUACUCUGGUGAUUCUCUUGUUCGAUAAAAAUGAGGAAUUAUCCAUGCAAAUAUGUUGUUUUCUUUGGUGUGUUUCAAAUGCUUUUCGUCAAAUAUGUAUAGAAGUACAAUGUAAAGGAUUCAAGGAGUCACUUUUGAACAUAUAGCGUUGUCUUUGUUUCAUAAUUA